CACCAAGAAGAACACCCAGUCCAGGUACCCAGCCCAGUCCAGUCAUGCAAGUACAGGAAGAUGAAGACAACCUCAUCCCCUUUGCCAAGUGUUCUAGAGUGGUCAGUCGAUGUCCACCUGCUAGCCUGCCUUCUCACAGCCUCAGACCGACACCUAAGGAUUAUGGAGAUAUAUUCUGGGAGAAUCUUACCCAAAAGUCCAGCCCUAUCUGGAUGGAGGAACGCUACAUCCCACCCAUGCUGAGAGCUACUGGUUACUCCCAGCCUAGCCUUUAUCCUCCUGAGGGGCUCCCACCCCCUGAGAUGCUUUGCCGAAGAAAGAGAAGGAAGCCUAGAUCCGAAGGAAUGCAGCAAGGACCUGGGGGCAUCCCAGCCCGGGUGAGGGCUGUUGCUUAUCACCUGGAGGACCUCAGGAGGCGCCAGAGAACCAUCAAUGAACUAAAGAAGGCCCAGUGGGGCACCUCUGAGGCUGCAGCUGAGCCACUGGAGGUUCACGAAGAGGCCUGUGGAUUCCUCAAGACAAGUGAAUACCCUGAUCUGGAAAAGGAGGAAGUAACCGAUCCACAGGAAGAGGGCCAUUUCAUCACUCGUGGUAGGGCCCAGUUGCUGUGGUCUCCCUGGAGUCCCCUCGGCCAGGAGGGGGCUUGCACCUCCAGGCAGCUGAGCUCUCUGGUCUACAGCACUGUCACAGCCAGGAGGAACCCUGUUUACAGUCCCCAGCCCAUGGAGUUGGAGUCUGAGGAGUUAGGAAAAGACCAUCCCAAGACACCCGCGCUGUUUUAAGGGCCCCAAACCUGUUCCAGCACCAGAACCAUCCCACUGUUAGCAUCAAAGAGGUUCCUGUUCCUUUGCCUGGAACUGCUGUUCCCACUCCCCACACCAGGCACUCAGCGCCCUUGGCUCCCGUCCCUGUCGCCCCUCUCACAGGAACUCCCAAGCCCGCUUUUCCAUAGGCCCGCUUCUGGCCUUGUUCUUUUCUGUGUUUUGUUAUUAAAGAGCAAGCAAGUAGA